CUAUAAUAUGAGCUAACUAAGACAUCGGUCGCCUGGACUGGAAUUGGGACGCCGGAGCUAGCUGUGGAGCAUGAAGCCACACAUUUCCUCAGGUGCCUCCUCCACUUGCGUUCUACGAGUAACCGCUGCUCGCGUCCACGGCCUUCACCGUCGUCGGCCUUUGGCCUACGAAAUCUGUCUUCUGAGGCGAAUUUACGGCGGAGAACAACGCUGCGCUUCUCUCUCCGUCCGGUUAUGUCGGAAUUCUUCCAAUGAUGAAGUCUCAUCCCGGAGGGAUCCUACAGCGAGGAGGAGAGAUGUGCUCGUCACUCCGCUUCUGGUCCUCGGGGCCACCUUAUUGAAAUCUUAUGUCGCUAGAGCGGAUGAGAAAUCAGCGGAGAGUGGCGCACCUCCUCCUACACCGGUGGAGGAUCAGACGCUGAAAGCUGCUCCGGUGGAGAAGAUGGAAGAGGUGAUAGGCUCGAGGAUUUAUGAUGCGACGGCUAUUGGAGAGCCGAUGGCGUUGGGUAAGGAUAAGAAGAAGGUUUGGGAAAAAAUGAUGAAUGCUCGGGUGGUGUAUUUAGGCGAAGCGGAACAAGUUCCGAUCCGUGACGAUAGAGAAUUGGAGCUUGAGGUUGUGAAGAACUUGAGGAAAAGAUGUUUGGAGGCUGAACGGCCUAUUUCCUUGGCUUUGGAAGCAUUUCCUUGUACACUCCAGGAACAGCUCAACCAAUUCAUGGAUUCGAGGAUUGAUGGAGAAACAUUAAAGUCUUUUGUGUCGCAUUGGCCCCCUCAACACUGGCCGGAGUACGAGCCAAUAUUAAGCUAUUGCCGUGAUAAUGGUGUUAAGCUUGUUGCUUGUGGUACCCCCCUAGAGGUCUUGAGGACUGUCCAAGCUGAAGGUAUCAGUGGCCUUUCCAAAUCAGAUCGGAAAACCUAUACUCCUCCAGCUGGCUCUGGCUUUAUCUCAGGCUUUCCUUCUGUCAUGCGCAGAUCAUCCAUUGACAUGUACUCUUCCUCUCAAUCUUCUACUUUUGGUCCAAGCUCAUAUCUUUCCGUGCAAUCAAGAGUAGUUGAGGAUUAUACCAUGUCCCAGAUUAUCCUUAAGGCAAUGGCUGAUGGAGGUGCGUCUGGUAUGCUAGUAGUUGUGACUGGUGCAAGCCAUGUAAUAUAUGGUAGCAGAGGUACUGGGCUACCAGCAAGAAUUUCUAAGAAGAUAUCAAAGAAAAAUCAAAUUGUCGUCUUACUUGAUCCAGAAAGACAGUAUUUACGGAAGGAGGGGGAAGUUCCUGUCGCAGAUUUCCUUUGGUAUUCUGCUGCUAGGCCAUGCAGUAGAAACUGCUUUGAUCGUGCCGAAAUAGCAAGGGUGAUGAAUGCGGCUGGGAGGAAACGUGAUGCCUUGCCUCAGGAUAUUCAAAAGGGACUUGAUCUUGGUGUUGUGUCUCCUGAAGUACUGCAAAAUCUCUUCGAUCUGGAGCAAAAUCCAGUAAUUUCGGAGCUUACUCAUCAUUUUCAGGGAUUCAGGGAGAGAUUACUGGCUGACCCCAAAUUCUUACAGAGAUUGGCUAUAGAGGAAUCUAUAUCAAUCACCACAACACUUAUAGCCCAGUAUCAAAAGCGUAAAGAGAACUUUUUUGAUGAACUUGAUUACGUGAUAACAGAUACUCUGAGAGGAACAGUAGUUGAUUUCUUCACAGUGUGGCUUCCUGCUCCAACUUUGUCUUUCCUGUCCUUCUCUGAUGAAACGGCUUCUCCAGACAACAUGGAUGCAUUGAAGGGUCUUCUUGGGUCCAUCCCUGACAAUGCAUUUCAAAAGAAUAUGGUUGGAAGAGACUGGAAUUUGAAUCACAGAAUUGCAUCCGUUGUCAUUGGUGGGUUGAAGCUUGCGUCUGUUGGGUUUAUUUCUAGUAUAGGGGCUGUAGCUUCUUCAAACAUAUUAUAUGCAACGCGUGGACUUCUGAAUCCAUCCGCGACUUCCAAUCAAAAGAACAAACGAUCGCCAAUACUUAAGACUGCCCUUGUCUAUAGUUGCUUCCUAGGAACAUCUGCCAAUCUUCGCUAUCAGGUUAUCGCAGGAAUAGUAGAGCAUAGAGUUUCUGACCUAUUGAUAUCACAACCGUUGCUUGUAAAUGUGCUGUCUUUUGUUGUUCGGACAAUCAACUCAUAUUGGGGAACACAGCAAUGGAUCGAUUUGGCUCGAUUAACGGGUCUGCAGACUAGGAAAGUUGAAACAACAGUUGCUGUGCAAGAUCCACCAGAGCAGCUUCCAAAUCAUUCAUCAGAAGAGGCGGGGAGUGGUAUAAUAGAUGAAGUGAAGAAUCAAUGAGAGGUAACAUGUUAUGUAAUAAUAUGUAUUACAACAAAUCUCAAUUUUUUCAAUAUUAAAUAUAAUUUUGUUUCCAAAGUUAGAGAACAAAAAGAAAUAGGUGUGGGGGACAAUAAUAUGAGAGAGAGAGGGUCCCUCCUAUAAUAUAUUCUUUCAUUUUUGUUAUGAAUAUUCUGGACUCCAAUAAUAUCUUUCUUUAGGACAA